AUGGUUCAACCUCUUUUCAGUCUCACAACCCCUCCGCGCAUGAUAGAAAAAAGAAAAGAAAAGAAAAUAAAAAACCCACAAGUACGCACGUCCCAACUCCCACCUCCCACUUCCCACUCCUUCCGCCAGAUCCUCGCUCUCGAUCCGGUGUCUCUGCAGAGACGAAUCGCCGCCGCCGGCCUAUUCCCGCCUACGUCGACCUUGAGCGGCAACACAAUGCAGCCAGACUUCUAUACUAGAUUGGAGCGGUGGAUCUACAUCUAUCUCUUCUUCACCGAGUCCACGAGGUACUCGACGUGGCAGGGGCGACGAACAGGAGCACCACAUCGACAACAGCGACGAACGACGGCCCAGGUGUUGCCAUCUCCUUAUCUUCGAUCCAACCCAUCUUCCCCUCGUAUCCUGUACUCCCGCACCCCCUCAUUCUUCUCUCCCGUGGCAGGGACCGACGAGUUGCAACGGACGGGGGGCAGUCCGGCUGCUGGCGUAAAGGACGACGGGUGGUGGUAG